UCAUACCAUCAAUUCUCUCUCUCUCUCUCUCUCUCUCUCUUCUUUUAUAAGAGGUACACUUAAAAACAUACAUACAUGGGAGUUUAGAGUUGACGCUUGUGUCAGAGAUAUAUCUUCCAGCCCAGCUUUUUGUCUCUCUGAUCACUCUGGUCCCUCUUGUGUCAGAACUAAAUCUAUAUAUCUUUCCCCACAUACACAUACAACACCUAGUAAUUCCCCUUCCGUACUUCAAAUCUCUAUCCUUCCCUCUUUCCCUAGCCAUGCACUUCAACAAGUGCUCAGAAGCAACAAGAAACCCUAACCCUACUCCUGACCUUAACCCUAAUCUUAACGUGAGCAAGACCAUGCAGGCUACCUACUUCUUGAGAGCUUUUACCGUUAUAAACUCAGCUUCUCCAACUUCCUCCACCAUGCAACGCCGGAGAAGCAUCCGACGUGCAGCGUAUGCGUCGAUGGCCCGCGCCGCCGGUAACAGGAGAGCUUGGAGCCGUGCCGUGCUUCGCAGACUUCACCGGGGGCUUUGUCUUUCCAGUAGCGCCAGGAGAUUUGUUAUUAGGAGAAGGAUUAGGGUUUCUAGGCCUAGAGAGCCUGGCCAAGCUGAUGUUCUCCGGAGUCUGGUGCCCGGAGGCAAGGCCAUGGAUUUCUGCAACUUGCUUGAAGAGACAGCUACCUACAUACAAUGUCUAAGUGCUCAGGUGAGAAGAGGGAGGAAGGAUAUCAGAUGGGUUUAUUAUCCUGGCUGAGAAUGGUAUUUAGAAUAGUAAAUUACACUAAAUUAAUAUCAAAAUGAUAUGUGGGCCAUUCAAGAGUGGCAGGUAGAGUGUCACACAGACAAUGAGGGCUUAGAACGGUGGGGCUUUGGAUCCCACACCAUGUCCUUGGAUAUAGAUUGUUUAAUGUCUAACCAAAAAGCCAUGGAUGAAGAACCCAAAGGGACAUAACCCACGAGGGGGCAUCAUCUUUUAGGGUUUCAACCCAUUUGCUUUCAGACCACCCACCCAAGUUUAUUCCCUUCUUGAACUUUUUUAAGGAGGGAAUGGCCAUGGAGGUUUGGCAGAUGAUCAUCAUGUCUAUCUUGCCCUUCUUCCCAUGACUCUAAUGGACUGCUUUUUCAUUUCUUUAACUGGUUUGGUCUUUCAUGUUUGAAACAAUGGCAUAUAUAUCUGUUGACAGGUC